AAUUUAAGAGUUCAAAUUAAAAAAAAAUCAAACAAAAAGAAUAUUGUAAGAAACUUUCCAAAUCCCAAUCCCAAAAUUUUCCUCAUUGUUUCUUCAAAACUUCAUCAUUCUUUCAACCAAACAGUUACAAAAAUCCACCACUCAACUCCUUCCUCCAUUAAUUUCUGCAACUAAGAAACAGAAAGAAUGGGAGACGAAAUAGUGAAAAUAGCUCUGAACAGCUUAGGAAAAGGAUUUGAUCUCACCUCUGAUUUCAGACUUAAGUACUGUAAAGGCGAACACAGCCUCGUUCUUCUCAAUCAGUCGCAGAGACGAGAUUUAAUCGUACCUGGUUUCGGCGCCGUUAAUGACGUCUCUAUCGAUAUCAAAUGCGAUCGCGGCGAUCGGACUCGUUAUCAGUCCGAUAUUCUCAAUUUCAAUCAGAUGUCGGAGCUUUUCAAUCGGAAAUGUUCGAUUCCAGGCAAAAUUCCGUCUGGAUCGUUCAAUUCGAUGUUCGGAUUUCAGAGCGGGUGUUGGGCGAUGGAUGCUAUGAACACUAAAUGCUUAGGGCUUGACGGUUACUUCAUUAGCCUCUUCAACGCUCACAUUGAUCGUUAUCCGCUCCGUCUCUCCGAUGAGGUCCGCUCCGCCGUGCCGUCCUCUUGGGAUCCCCUUGCCAUCGCCAGGUUCGUAGAGAAGUAUGGGACUCAUAUAAUAGUUGGGCUAAGCGUUGGAGGACAUGACGUGGUUCUUGUAAGGCAAGACAAGUCAUCAAAUUUGGAACCAUCAGAGCUCAAGAACCACUUGGAAGAGCUUGGAGAUCAGCUUUUCAAUGGCGCCUGUACUUUUCCUCCACCACUUUCUAAACCCAAAGACCAUCACAAACCCAAGACACCACAAGCCUUCAACUUGUUUGAUCCCCAACUUGUGGCUUUUGGCAACUUCUCUUCUGUCAGUGCUAAAGACGGAAUCAUAGUGAUAACUUCAAAGAGAGGAGGAAGUCCAACAGCAAGUAGCCAUUGCGAGUGGCUCCCGACGGUGCACGAAUCGCCCGACGCGAUUCAUUUUCAGUUCAUUCCAAUCAUCUCUCUUCUCGAAGGCAUGCCGGGCAAAGGAUUCCUUUCCCAUGCCAUUAACCUUUACCUCCGAUACAAGCCUCCUAUAGCAGACUUGCAAUACUUUUUGGAUUUUCAAGUGCACAAGAUUUGGGCACCCAUCCAUAAUGACCUUCCUUUAGGACCAACUCCCAACAUUACUACUUUUCCUUCCCUUCAACUCAACUUGAUGGGUCCAAAACUAUAUGUAAAUACAACUCAGGUUAUAGUGGAGAACAAACCAGUAACAGGAAUGAGACUAUAUCUCGAAGGCAUCAAAUCAAACAGGUUGGCCAUUCACAUACAACACCUUCUAACUACUCCUCUUCUUCUUGAAAACAACAUCACUCAACAAACCUAUUGGCAUUCUUCACAACACAUCGCCGACGAGCGUUACGUCGAGUCACUAAAUCGCAACAAAUUCUCACACGUGUGUACAGCUCCAAUCAAGUACGACCCCGCCUGGGCCACCACUUCCGGCAACCACGACUUCCCAUCCCCGACAGCGUUCAUAGUCACCGGUGCCCAACUCCAUGUUGUAAAACAACACGACUCCAAAACCGUCCUCCAUCUUCGCCUCCUUUACUCUAAGGUCUCUAACUCCUAUGUCGUCCAAACCAGCUGGGCCCGCCACUCCUCUGACAUCUCCCCAAAGUCCGGUAUCUUCUCAGCGAUCAGCACCUCCUUAACUGGCGUUGCGGCUGCCUUGAAAGAGAAGCCACCUGAUGCUGCCGUGAUAGUGGAUUCGGGGGUUUUUCACGGUGGACCUCCGAUGUCGGUGCAGGCGCAGAAGCUAGUGAAGUUCGUGGAGUUGUCGGAGAUGCGUAAAGGGCCGCAGGAUAGUCCGGGACAUUGGAUGGUCAUCGGAGCUAGGCUGAACUUGGAGAAAGGCAAGAUUUGUUUACAUGUUAAGUUCGGUUUGUUACAUGUAGUUUCAGAAACUAUUACUGAUGAUCAAUGAACUUCAAGAAACAAGAACAAUCUUGGUGAGUUCUUUCUUAAUAUAUGAACCCUUUUAAAACUAUGCUUUAAA